AGUUCAAAGCGGAAGGGCAAAUCAUCCACGUCCAGGCGCAGAGUGUGACGCUGUCGAAGACGCCAUCGAGAGAGUCGGUCUGGAACACUUUAUGGAUAUCGAGUGUAUGGGCUUUUAACGUUCCUCUGGCCCAACAGGUGAGUCGUUGGCCUCGGGGGUCACGCAUAGGCCUGACGAUUGGUUUGUGGCUGGUGGCCGCCCUCAUCUUUAACACAGUAUACCGUUCAAAUCUGAAGGCCAUGCUGAUCAAGCCACUCCUGCGUCUGCCCUUCAGUAACCUUGAGGAGCUCCUCGAGAAUAACAUCCCAUGUUCCAUCUACGGUAAUUCCAGCCUGGACGUCACGAUAAAGAUGGCACCCGCAAACACUUCCUUGGGUAUGUUGAAUAAGGUGGCGGUGCGACACAAGGAUCUCCGUAAAUUGGUGCACGGGUUGGAGUCCGGCCGCCACGCUGUCUUCACGGCCUACCUGGGACUACUCGCAGUCAUGCACACGACGUAUGCAAGAAAAAAAGCUUGCUCCUUCUACCUGACGAAUGACCUUCACGUAUCGUCCCGGCCCCUCACGCUCCUGUUUCCUAAAGGCUCUGCUCUCCGGGAGCGCGUCAACCCGAUAAUAACAAGUCUUAGGGAAUCCGGAAUCAUGGACUUCUUGUUAAGGUCUGAGGUGUAUCAUGCCAAAAGAUGUCUCUCCCAGCCUGCUUCCGCACCUGACACUCAACGAGCACUCCAGCUGAGUGACCUGUAUGGUGUUUUUCUUCUCUACACUGGAUGUAUAUCCAUCACUUGUAUUGUAUUUCUGGCGGAGCUCGUUGUCGGGUCAUCAAAGUCCGGUUAGCGCCGAAGACGAAGAAUCGAUAUGGGAUACUUUCAGGAUUAUUAACGGUUCCUAGCAAGGCGCAAGCUUUGGUGUACACUUACAAGUGCUCGUUUGCUUAUUGGCUUUCAAUGAGUGUAUUUUGGUAUGCUACUAUACACUGUAUGACGAAAUAAAAUGUAAUGCAAUAAU